GAAAAUGAUAAAAGUAGGUAGAAGUUAGCUCUGGAUAUAGAGCCUAAAACGUGAGGGGCCCAUCAGGGAAAGGAAGGCGGAGAAGUUUUGAGUUUUGUUCUUCACUCCUCAGUUAGCCAGACCUCUAACUACAUGGGGAAGUUCAAUGGUCAUUUUUACCCAGGCCUGUAUCUAUUCUCUUAUGGACUGUAUCAAGCAACAGUGGUCUCCAAGAACAUGCUAUUUAAAGAGUCUCCCUUAUAUCCUUCCUGUCUUCUCAAGAAUAAGACAAGAUGGGCCAGGCUGUGGAAAAUAUCCUAUGGAGGCUGGCUGAGGAUAGUGACUGGCUCCAUCUUAACGGUUUAUGUGGUCACUUGUCUUGAUGAUGGGAUGGUGCUCAUGAACAAACAGGUGCCACCAAGGUUUAUGUACCCCAAAGAGUGGCAGCAUCUCACCAUGUUCGUGCUACUAACCCUCAGUGGCUGUGUAGACGUCAUGAGCAAGAAUCUGCUGCCUCGGAGGUGUGUGGUCCUAGAAAAAGGAACCCUGGCCCUGAGCUUCUACGAGCUCCUGCUGCUGAUGGUGUCACAUGUUAAAGGCUCAGAAGGGAUAGAGCUGCAAGUCCAUUCUCUGUUCACCGUGCUGGUCUUCCUGCUGGUGCUGGUGCUGACGGCAGAGCUGUGGGCGCCUGACAUGUCUCACCUCUGGAUGAUCGAGACCUUUCUGUUUCUCUUGAUGGGCUCCUGGCUGAUGCAGUCGGGCUUUAUCCUAUUCAGACCAAUCUCCGGCUACCCAUGGCAGGACGAUGACAUCAGUGACCUCAUGUUUGUCACCACCUUCUUCUGCUGGCAUCUGAUGAUCAAUGCCUCAUGCUUGUUGGGAAUCUAUGGCUUCUCGCUUUUAUGGCAUCGCUGUUACAGCCCCAGCUUGAAGGUGAUGAGGUCCAAAGAAGCUCCAUAUCACACAAGCACGCCAGGCCCCCUCUACAUGAUGCUGCAGGAAAUGGAGCAGUCAGAGAAAGAUGACCAGGCUCCCCUCCUUUCAAAGUGCUCCCUCUGAGACAAGGCUAUGAUGCCCGCACAUACUGCACUCCAUCUUCCUCCUAUGGGUUGCGUCAGCCAGUGAAGGUAAUGGCCCUGAUGGACAGCAGGUGGUCUGGAGUGUCAUCCCUGUCACAGAGCCUCUAGUGGCUGAGGAGACAGAGAGAGGAACCUGAGAAAGGGGCAUGCUGUAAUUAGGUGGAUGACAGGGAAUUUGGAGAGAAGGAAGAGGAUCAAGGGAGUA